AUUGAAAAAAUUAGAGAAUUCAAGAUUAAACCUAAACAAUUCCUCAAACGUGAGAUCUGAAGAGAGGGUGGGGAAGGGUGCUUGGAGGUUUGAGAUGAGGUGCAACAAAAACUUUAUAUACUCUAUGUCGUGUUUGUUUAUGCGAACGUUGAUAAUCUUUUUACUGUUAAUAGUGUCACAGACAAAUUUAGCAUUUAGAAUUCCUGGUCAUAGACGUCAUUCGUGGGAAUCACCGGGAUGCACCAAAGUUGCCCAUACAAGAGCAGUUAACAUUCCUAAUUGUGUAGAGUUCCGUGUUACAACGAAUGCCUGUAGAGGUUUUUGUGUAUCUUAUGCCAUUCCAUCAUCGGAUCAAACUUUAGCAUCAAAUCCGUCAUUAGAAAUAACUUCUCGGGCUGAAUGUUGCAGUAUUCUUCAAACAUACGACGUAACUAUGCGUGUUUGGUGUGUAGGUGGUUUUCGAAAUGUGACGUUCAAAUCCGCGUCAGAAUGUGGUUGUUCAAUAUGUAGACAUGGUUGAUAAAUUAGAUAUAUCAUUAACAGCAAUUACAAUGCACAAACAAAUGGCAUUCUAUGAAUUCCAGGGAAAAGACUGUAAAAUGGGAUGUGAUUUUGUGAUCUGUGAUAAUAUGACUUUUAGCAAGCCCCUUCUACGUAAUAUUGAUAUCAUUGUGUAGCGAUGAGAUGCUGAAGAUGAACUCGAGGCCAAUACUUGAAUUACAUUAUAUGGUUCUGUAUUCAGGUAUGGCAAUGUUGAUAUGGGAAGGCCAUUAAUACAUUUCCUUUAUUCAGUUGAAAUAGUAAUGAAGGCUACGAGCUUAUAUACUAUGUGCCCAUCGGUUUGAAGGUCUUCUGAUCAAGUCCCGCGCUUAAUUGAAAGAAAAGAACCCGAUAAUCUGCUAUAGUACGUUUCCUUUGUUAGCAACCCUGCUGGAAUCUCAAAUUGAAAGAAUUAUAUAUUUCUACAUUUUGCUCUCUUCGUGACACUGAGAUAAUCAGACUUAAAUAGAAUAGCUUUUUAUAUUGAAUGAGAGGCAUACAAUAUUAUAUAUGUAUAUAUAUAUAUAUGGUUAAGACUGAGACAAAAUGUACAGGUCCCAAGAGGUUGUUUCAUCUGAUAGU